GAUGCUACCGUGUGUUCGCACAGUAUGAUCCGCAACGUGAUGGUGGCGAACAUGUCCGCCUGUCUUCGAGUUCGAGGUGUUCGAGUUCUCUGGGUGAAGGACAAACUCUCACCUGCGGAGCUUCAACAUCCUGGCAACCCGAAGAUCCACUAGCAUUGUAUUGAGCAGCCAACGUGCCUAUACAAUAUUACGAUAAACGGUAAAUCCAUUUGUCUUCAGUGCCUUGCAGCAACGGCAGGAAUGCACUUUUAUCCGCAGUGAUGCGCGCAGGGAAGUUUAUACAGCUUUUGGCAGUUGCAAGCUGUCAGGACAUAAAGGUUCGGCAUGCUUGCCCCGCACUUUUCCUCCUCGUUCCAUCCAGUCAAACCAGGCAUUGCGUAGGUCUUCUCCGUGAGCGAACAUUUUUGAGAUCGGCCUUUGCCUAAUCAUCCUUGUGUCCUAGGCGGAACAUUCGCGGAGCCUCGUCCCUUUAAUGUCCUCUUCUCUGAAGUAUAAACUCGAAGAUCAGAGUCACGACCAUGACCAUGGUCACGGCACACAGUCGGGGGGUGGAAAAGAUGACACGACGCACUCUACCGUUGGCCAGACUAGCGCGGAAGGGACAGCUGGCGUAGGGGGGGCGGGAGCUCAAGGUGUUGACGAUGGCGUCGCCGACGCUGGGGCAUGGGGUGGAGAUGCUGGUGGUGGAGAUGCUGGUGGCGAAUGAGUGUCGGUCGGCAGGUGUGAAGCUCGACUGCGACUCGGAUCCAUGGUACCUCCGUACACUUGUAUGAGAUUGUGUUGCUCUGUACGAUGUUUUGUGAGUUAUAUUACG